UGGAGAAUUCCGGUUCCGAUUCCCGAUAGCUUGACAUCGUCAGUGCUAGCCUUUAGCUAGCUAGUAUUGAUAAAUUGAACUGAAGGGACUGUGGGAGAUUUUUGCUGUUUCUAAGGGAGUUCGUCUCAUUUGUAACAACAAGGCUACAGGUGAAGAGGUGGAUAUUAUCACUGAGUACCAGGGAACACUUGUCAUUUCUCGGAAAACAGCCUGCUGUCCUCAAACUUGCGGCGUGAGAGACGCAACAACCAGAGUUCAAACUGAAUGGCUGAGGGCUUCUCAGACCCACCUGACCUCAAUCCAGAUGGGACGCCACAAGAUAAGCCACAGCAGCACAAAUCCAGAAGAGGUCGACCCAGACACAACAAUGACAGAAACCUGAGUAGUAAUAGUUAUGAUCCCUCUCAACAGUACGGAAACUUUCAUCAGGGCUUUCACCCCCCAUUUAACCAUAAUAAUUCAAAUUAUGCAGAGCAUCAGCAUCCUCCCUGGAGAGGCAGAGGCAGAGGGAGGAGAGAAGGGAACAGAGGUGUAAAUGGGAGUUUUGGCGGCUCCGGCUCCUGGUGGCAAAAACCUGGAGGUGACUAUGGUCCACACAGUGGCAGAAACAGGGGUGUCUACCACUCAGGUGCACAUCCCAUGGAUGGACCUGAUAGUCCGAACUGGCGAAGAGAAGACGUGAGCAGAAAUUUGGAACAAACCAACGAAGACCAGGACGCUCGGGCGAAAAAACCCAGGAAGUUUAGUCAGGAGCACAGGAGAGGAGAGCAAAACAAGAGAGGCACCCACUUAAAAGAGAACAACACUUCAGAAGAGCAUCAGAGACCAGAUGACACCAAAGGAGAAAAUCAGCCUUCAGAGGCCAGAGAGAGAAGUCAGAGGAGCAGGGCAGCUCCAGACUCUCAACAUGAUGAUCAUCAGAGGAAACACUCAGAGGCAAAGCGACGACAAGGGCCAAUCAAACCACCCAGACAACCAUCUCAAGAGGAGGUGGGAUCAGAGGGGGGGGCCAGUGGUCAAGAUUACCCAGACUAUGGCAGAUCGUCUCAGAAUCCAUCCAGUAAAGCUGGGGGAGGCUCGGGACGACACGCGCCCAGAGGGGGGAGAGGACGAACACACCAUCAGAACCACAGACCUGGCACCAGGAACUGGAACAAGAUGCCAGAGAGCAAGGAGACACAGACAGGGUGUCUAAUUGAACAGCUGUCCGAAGAAAAAUACGAGUGCAUGGUGUGCUGUGAUAUCAUCCGGCUCAUGGCCCCGGUGUGGAGCUGCCAGAGCUGCUUCCACGUCUUCCAUCUGAACUGCAUCAAGAAAUGGGCUCGAUCUCCAGCCUCUCAGGCAGAUGAUUCAACUGAAGGAUGGCGUUGUCCAGCCUGCCAGAAUGUAGCGCUGAAACAACCAACCUCCUACACCUGCUUCUGUGGUAAAGUGACGAACCCAGAGUGGCAGCGCAGCGAGAUUCCCCACAGCUGUGGUGACAUGUGUGGAAAGAAAAGAAGUGGAGUGGACUGCAACCACCCCUGUAACAUUUUAUGUCACCCAGGACCUUGUCCACAGUGUCCUGCCUUUGUAACUAAAUCCUGCAUAUGUGGGAAGACCAGUCAACCAAUGCGCUGCGGCCAGGGUACUGUCCUGCAGUGUGACAAAAUGUGCGGUGCUUUACUCAACUGUGCCGAACAUACCUGCACACAGGUCUGCCACAGCGGGGCGUGUCAGCCCUGCCAGCUGCAGGUUCAACAGGUUUGCUACUGUGGAGUUACAACUCGUAAAGUCCUGUGUGGAACAGAUAAAGAAGGAUUUGAUGGUUUGGGACAUUUCUCCUGUCAGAAAACAUGUGGAAAGAUGUUGGACUGUGAAGCCCACCGGUGCCAGCAGGUGUGCCACCGCGGUCCCUGUCAGCCGUGCCCACGCUCUCCAACCCUGGUGAGGACUUGUCCCUGCGGUCAGACGCAGCUGGCCAAACUCCUGGAACUGGGCUACUCAGAACGACAAAGCUGCUCUGAUCCCAUCCCCUCCUGUGGAAAGACGUGCAACAAACCCCUGGCCUGUGGCUCCAGUGACACCAUCCAUCUGUGUGAGAAGCUCUGCCAUGAGGGCAGCUGUGGGCCCUGCUCGCUGACCUCCACUAUCAGAUGCAGAUGUGGCUCCAAGACCAAGGAGGUCCCAUGUGUGACAAUCCAGACAGAGGAUGAGCUCGUCUUCACCUGCGAGAAGCGCUGCAACAAGAAACGCUCCUGUGGCCGACACAAGUGUGGCGAGCUGUGCUGUGUGGCUGUGGAGCACAAGUGCCCCUUGAUCUGCGGCUACAAGCUCAACUGUGGCCUCCACCGCUGCCAGGAGCCCUGUCACCGUGGAAACUGUGAACCCUGUUGGCAGUCCAGUUUUGAUGAGCUGACGUGUCACUGUGGGCUCACUGUGCUGUACCCGCCUAUCCCCUGUGGCACCAAGCCACCAGAGUGCAAAAACCUGUGUACAAGAAGACAUGAGUGUGACCACCCGGUGUUUCACAACUGCCACAGUGACGAGAAGUGUCCACCCUGCACAUACCUCACUCAGAAAUGGUGCAUGGGAAAGCACGAGCAACGCAGCAACAUCCCAUGUCAUCUGCAAGACAUUUCUUGCGGCCUGACAUGUAACAAAUCGUUGCCAUGUGAAAUGCACCGCUGCAGACGGAUUUGCCACCGGGGCGACUGCCUGGCAGAAGGCGGCUGCCAGCAGCCCUGCACGCUGCCUCGGCCAGACUGCGGCCACCCGUGCUCCGCUCCCUGUCAUAACGGCAGCAGCUGCCCACGCACCACCUGCACUGCCAAGGUUGCUCUGCAGUGUGAUUGUGGUCGAAGAAAGGAGACAGUCGUCUGCACAGAAGCAGCCAGUUCCUAUCAGAGGUAUGCAGCCAUUGCCAUGGCCAGUAAACUGUCUGACAUGCAGCUCGGCGACUCCAUGGACAUUGGCCCGCUCCUGACUAAGAAAGAGCUCAAACAAACCAGGCUUGAAUGUGAUGAAGAGUGUGCUACUUUGGAGAGAAACAGGCGCUUGGCCGAGGCGCUACAGAUAGACCCGUCUUCUGACCCCUUCAACGUCCGCUCCACCGCCAUAUACAGCGACAGCCUCAAAGAAGACGCCAGAAAAGACCUUAAAUUCGUCAGUGGGGUAGAAGAGGAGAUCAAGAAUCUUGUUGAGCUUGUGAAUAAGGGAAAACAGCCAAAGAGGACCCACUGUUUCCCGCCCAUGAACCGAGAUCACCGGAAGACCGUCCAUGAGCUGGCUGAGGUCUAUGGAGUGGAGAGCGUGAGCUACGACAGCGAGCCCAAACGUGGUGUGGUCAUCACGGCCCAAAAGGGGAAGUCAGCCUGUCCAAACUCUACCCUGACAUCACUGAUAGAGAGAGAGACGGCUGCCAGAGCCCCUCCUCCCAUCGCUCAUAUCAAACAACACAGCAGCAAGGUUUCCAGUGGAACCACCUGGUCGAAGAUGGUUAAAGAAGAGCCUGUGAUAGAUUAUUUUGACGUCCAGGACUAAUAUGAGGCCAGAGAAAAAAACAGAAAAGAGGAAACCUCAGGAUUUGCUCAGAAACAUCCCUCUGCAUCUGCCAAAAAGUCUGAAUAACCUUUCUGUUAAUCACAGAUCAAUGAGAAUUCCUCUGGCUUCAUGACCAAAUAAAAUUAUGUUUGAGAAUAA